UCGAACUUGAUUAACGUUUAUAUAUUUUUUUAAAUAUUUUAAUAAAAAAAUUUUACGUGCCAAAAAAUUGCAAAGGCCGUUAAAUUAAAAGUUUUGUGCGAAAAGAGAUAAAAAAGCAGAAUAAGAAAAAGGACGAACGCGCACGUUUUACACGAGCACGACUCAAACAAGAAAUCAAAGGAGUCGGCGGGUGAGCCGCAAUCAACAAACAGACCAACCAGGCAGUGAAGAGCCAGGAAAAUGAGUAAAACGAAAAGCGCUACGACAAGCACGCGCAAAAGUGACACUUACGAUUAUCAUGAGGGCAAUCAUCAUGACGAGCUGUCGGAUGAGCUAAGUAUCUCCAGCUCGGAGGACGAUGUUGUGGCCACAAGAAAAUCACGCAAACUGCAGGUGAGUCCAACAGAUGCCGCUGAUUAUGAGGAGGGUGGAGGCAUAUACGACCGGGGUGGCCGGAGGCGACGCCGCAGCGGCAGUAAGAGGCGUCGCAGUCGUGGCAGACGAUCGCGCUCACGCCGUCGUCGCCGCUAGAUGCUUUUUAUUUCUCGCAGUUUUCUUUUUUAUUUUUUGGWUAAAUUUUGUGUAAAAAAAUUAUAAUUUUAUUCAAUUUUGACGCGUUGACAAAUUCUGUAUACUUUCAUGUAGAAAAAUCAAUUUGUAUUGAAAUAAAUUGCAAGUGAUACCUUAUAGUACAGUAAUGUAUGUA